AUGGACGCCGGCUACUUCGACGUCGAUUACAAGAUGGGUAAAGCUGAUGGCAAACAGGUUAAUUGGUUUGUUUCUACCAAUUUGUGGCUUCUUCUAGUCAGUGAAGUAGUGGCGGAUACUCGAAUUAAUUUAACAAGAUUCGUGGACCUAUGUUUCCUCCAUACCAGGCUAUGCCACCCUAUUACUGAGGAUCCACUUAGAGUUUCAGUAGCAAUUCUUCAUCAGUUCAAUAUUCUGCCUGAUAUGUAUCAAGUUGGCUACACCAAGUUGUUUUUUCGAACUGGACAGGCACCAGCAAUGUUGAAGGGUAAAGAUUCCAUCUUAAAAGUGUCUCAAUCAUUUGUGCCAUAG